UUCCCCCUCUAUAAAUUUCCCUCUUCUUUACUUUCUUCUUUGCCUCUCCCGUUUCCAUCGUCCUGUUGUGUUGUGUUCAUCCAAAAAAUAUAUAUUCAAUUCUUUUUAUCAUCAUUCCACCCUUGUUCGUUAUUCUUUGUGAGAUUUUGGGAGGAAAAGACGACAUCAAUAUAUAAUGUCCAUCAUUUCCCUAAUAACUGGAUGGCCCGGACCCAGCGGCUUCGGCUCAGCCUCCACCGCGGAGGACGUCACCCAAGGGAUCGAUGCCGGCUGCCUUACUGCCAUUGUCACCGGAGGAGCAAGCGGAAUUGGGUUAGAAACAGUAAGAGUAUUAGCGAUGCGAAAAGUGCACGUGAUCAUAGGUGCAAGAAAUUUGGAGGCAGCAAAUAAAGCAAAACAACAAUUACUUGAAGAAAAUCCAAAUGCUAAAUUGGAAGUUCUUAAACUCGAUCUUUCAUCCAUCAAGUCCACUACAGAAUUUGCUCAUAAUUUCCUUCAUCUUAAUCUCCCUCUCAACAUUUUAAUAAACAAUGCUGGUGUUAUGUUUUGCCCUUUCCAACUUUCUGAAGAUGGAAUAGAGAUGCAGUUUGCUACCAACCAUCUUGGUCAUUUUCUGUUAACAAAUCUUCUAAUUGAGAAAAUGAAGAACACUGCAAAAAGCACAGGAAUUGAGGGUAGAAUUGUCAAUUUGUCAUCUAUAGCUCAUGCCCAUACUUAUGGUGGUGGAAUUCGCUUCAAUAAAAUCAAUGAGAAGAAUGGGUAUUCUGAUAAAAGAGCAUAUGGGCAAUCAAAAUUAGCCAACAUUUUACAUGUCAAAGAGCUCAAUCGUCGAUUCCAAGAAGAAGGUGUGAACAUAACGGCAAACGCAGUGCAUCCAGGGUUAAUAAUGACGCCUCUUAUGAGGCAUUCUUUGUUUCUUAUGAGGCUCUUGCAGGCUUUCACCUUCUUUAUCUGGAAGAAUGUCCCUCAGGGGGCAUCCACGACGUGCUAUGUGGCGCUUCACCCGAAUUUGAAGGGAGUGAGUGGGAGGUAUUUUUUGGACAACAAUGAGAAGCGACCGAGCUCAUAUGCUAGAGAUGAAAAACUUGCAAGGAAACUUUGGGACUUCAGCAAGGACUUGAUAAGUUCAAAGUCUAAAGUAUGAAACAGAAGUGGCAUUUAGACCUACACUACUACUACUACUACUACUACUGAAGCCUCAAGUCACAUGCUUGCUUAAUUAAGUUUAUAAAGAAUUAAGAGAAAUUCAAUAAUGUGGUUCUUUAGGAGGGGAAAUAUUAUAAAUAGUAUUCUUUUUUCCAAAAAUGAAAAGGAUGGAAGUGGUGUUAUGGAGGUUUGGAAGCUCCUAGUGUUUGUGUAAUAGUGUUUGUGUGAGAAUUCCAUUCGUAUUGUUUUGCUAAUUAUGAUAUUCGAUCUAUUACCCAAGUAUAUAUGAUUUCUAUUUCCAACCUUUCACGGUUUGUGAAUGGUAUUUCUUUAGAAAUAGAGUGUGUAUUUGAUUUUUAGUAGAUUUGAAAUAGAAGGUUUGAAAUGAGGUGUCAAA